UCCAGGUGGAUCUCGGUGAGGUUCGUGGAUCUGGCCGUGAUGGGCGAGUUCUCAAAGAAGACAUCUUGCACUAUCUCUCUCAACAGACGGGAGCCAUGAUCCCACCAUCACCACCAUCACCAUCAUCACCACCAUCACCAUCAUCAUCACCACCACCAGCAUCACCAGCACCACCACCAGCACCACCAUCGUCACCACCACCACGACCUCUGGUGCGAAGAUUUACAGAGGACCGCACUGUUAUUAUCAAGGGCGUCCAGAAGGUGAUGUCCAGGACGAUGUCCGCGUCUCUGUCCGUGCCGCACUUUGGCUACAGUGACGAAGUGAACUUAAGUCGCCUCGUGUCUCUGAGGCGCAGACUCCAAGAGCAAGCGGAGACACGGGGGGUGAAGCUUUCUUAUAUGCCUUUCUUUCUUAAGGCAUUGUCUUUGGCACUCUUCGAGUUCCCAGCCUUGAACGCUCAUCUGGAUGAUCGCUGUGAAUCACUCACUUAUAAGGCGUCCCAUGAUAUUGGCGUGGCGAUGGACACACCAAAUGGCUUGCUGGUGCCAGUCCUGCGUGGGAUCGAGCGUAUGCCCUUGCUGUCCAUCGCCGCUGAACUGUCCCGCCUGCAGGCCAUCGGGACCGCCGGCUCGCUCAGCGCUGCACAGCUGAGCGGGGGAACGUUCACCCUGUCUAACGUGGGAUCGAUUGGAGGCACGUAUACUCACCCGGUCAUCCUCACACCAGAGGUGGCCAUUGGAGCUCUUGGCAAGAUUCAGGUGCUGCCCAGGUUCAAUGAGCGUGGUGAGGUGGUAGCAGCUCACAUCAUGAAGGUGAGCUGGAGUGCUGAUCACCGGGUGCUUGAUGGAGCCACCGUUUCUCGAUUCUCCACUAACUAGUACACUAACUAACUAGUACACUAACUAG